CCCACAUCGACUCCUUCACGUCAAUCCCUCUAUUUCGCUACUUUCUCCCUUCAGUUCGACAGGAGCUCUUUGUCCGGCUGGGAUGCUGAGCCUGCGUCUGAGCGGUGUCUGUCACUGAGAGAAAUUUCUGGUCCUGUCGACCAACAGAUCUUUAAUUAUUCUACUGCGCCUUUACUCUUCUUUCUUCCCCCCACCAAAAACAAAAACCCUCCUUCCUCUCCCCUUCUAACUUAGCCCCCCCCCACUACGACUACCCCCCGGGUUCAACGUUGAAACCCGUGUUUUUUCCAGUAUCAUUUUUUUCACCUGAUCAGGAAUCGUCCCUGACUUUGCACGCCCGGUUGGAAACUCAGAGUCAGAGCAGUUACAAUGUCCUUGCUGCCUCCCGAGGUCCACUCCGCGCUGUCGCAGCUGCUGCGCGGGCUGACCACCCCCGACAACACCAUCCGAACCCAGGCGGAAGAACAGUUGAAUAAUGAUUGGAUUCAAGGUCGUCCGGAUGUCCUGUUGAUGGGAUUGACGGAACAGAUUCAGGGCGCAGAGGAUGCAGUGACACGUACAUUUUCUGCAGUGCUCUUUCGAAGAAUAGCGACCAAGACACGAAAAGACCCCGUCACAAAUGAAGCCAAGGAGCUUUUCUCGACCCUGACCGGCGAACAGAGAUUGGUCAUCCGCCAGAAGUUGGUGACCUGCCUGACUAGCGAGUCCAUCAACGACACCCGGAAGAAGAUUGGCGAUGCCGUGGCCGAGAUUGCGAGACAAUACACCGACAAUGGAGAUUCGUGGCCAGAGCUCCUGGGUGUUCUUUUCCAGGCCAGCCAGUCUGCCGACACCGGCUUGCAAGAAGCAGCUUUCCGUAUCUUUUCGACCACUCCCGGCGUCAUUGAGAAGCAGCAUGAGGACGCCGUUUUGAACGUGUUCAGCAAGGGUCUCAAGGAGCAGAACAUUUCCGUGCGAAUUGCCGCCAUGGAAGCCUUCGCCUCGUUCUUCCGCUCCAUUUCCAAGAAGUCCCAGCCCAAGUUCUUCCCUCUCGUUCCCGACUUGCUCAAUGUUCUCCCCCCUCUGAAGGAGACUUCUGAGAGCGAAGAGCUUUCUUCCGCUUUCUUGGCCCUGAUCGAACUUGCGGAGAUUUCCCCGAAGAUGUUCAAGAGCAUGUUCAACAACUUGGUUAAAUUCAGCAUCAGCGUGAUUGCCGACAAGGAGCUUAGUGACCAGGUCCGCCAGAAUGCCCUGGAGUUAAUGGCAACCUUUGCCGACUACGCCCCCAACACUUGCAAGAAGGACCCGGAAUUUGCACAGGAGAUGGUGACCCAGUGUCUGAGCUUGAUGACUGACAUCGGAGUCGACGAUGAUGAUGCAUCUGAAUGGAACACCUCCGAGGAUCUCGACCUUGAAGAGAGCGACCUUAACCACGUGGCUGGAGAACAGUGUAUGGACCGUCUGGCCAACAAGCUCGGUGGUCAGAUCAUUCUUCCCGCUACCUUUUCUUGGAUUCCUCGAAUGAUGUCGUCCUCCGCCUGGCGUGAUCGCCAUGCGGCGCUCAUGGCCAUUUCCGCUAUCUCCGAGGGUUGCCGUGAUCUUAUGGUUGGCGAACUCGACCAGGUUUUGGCGCUCGUCGUCCCAGCCCUCCAGGACCCUCACCCCCGUGUCCGAUAUGCUGGCUGCAACGCCUUGGGCCAGAUGAGCACCGACUUUGCUGGCACAAUGCAGGACAAGUACCAUGCCAUCGUCUUGAACAACAUUAUCCCAGUCCUCGACAGCGCAGAGCCCCGCGUCCAAGCCCACGCAGCUGCCGCAUUGGUCAACUUCUGUGAGGAGGCCGAGAGAAAGGUCCUUGAGCCCUACUUGGCCGAACUCCUGAGGCACCUGUUGCAGCUUCUGCGUAGCCAAAAGCGCUACGUGCAGGAGCAGGCGCUUUCCACCAUCGCGACCAUUGCUGACUCUGCCGAGACAGCCUUCGGACAGUACUACGAGACCCUCAUGCCUUUGCUAUUCAACGUUCUGAACGAGGAACAGUCCAAGGAAUACCGACUGCUGCGUGCCAAGGCCAUGGAGUGUGCGACUUUGAUUGCUCUCGCAGUGGGCAAGGAGAAGAUGGGCCAGGACGCGCUGAACCUUGUGCAGCUGCUUGGCAACAUUCAGCAGAACAUUGUGGAUGCAGACGACCCGCAGUCGCAGUACCUGCUCCACUGCUGGGGCCGUAUGUGCCGAGUGCUUGGACAGGACUUCGUCCCCUAUCUGCCCGGUGUCAUGCCCCCUCUUCUGGCGGUUGCGGCUGCCAAGGCUGACAUCCAGCUGUUGGAUGACGAGGACCAGAUCGACCAGGUCGAACAAGACGAAGGAUGGGAACUGGUGCCGCUCAAGGGUAAGAUCAUCGGUAUCAAGACCAGUGCUCUGGAAGACAAGAACACUGCUAUUGAAUUGAUCACCAUCUACGCUCAGAUCCUGGAGGCUGCAUUCGAACCGUACGUGUUGGAGACUAUGGAGAAGAUUGCUGUUCCGGGUCUUGCUUUCUUCUUCCACGACCCCGUGCGAGUUUCCUCGGCCAAGUUGAUCCCGCAGUUGCUCAACUCUUACCGCAAGGCACACGGCGACCAGUCUCCUGGAUUCGCAGAGAUGUGGAACAAGGUUGCCGAGAAGAUCAUCGAGGUUCUGAGCGCCGAGCCGACAGUCGACACACUGGCGGAGAUGUACCAGUGCUUCUACGAGUCUGUUGAGGUGGCGGGCAAGAACAGCCUGAACCAGGGACACAUGCAGGCAUUCAUCCAGUCGGCCAAGUCAACGCUGGAGGACUACCAGCUCCGCGUGAAGGCGCGUUUGGAGGACCGGGCCGAGGCUGAUGAGGGUGAGGAGGAUAACCUGGACUACGAAUACGCCGUGGAGGAUGACCAGAACCUGCUCAGCGACAUGAACAAGGCUUUCCACACGAUUUUCAAGAACCAGGGCACCACCUUCCUGCCAACUUGGCAGACUCUGUUGCCCUUCUACGAUGCCUUCAUCACAAGCCAGGAUCCCACACAGCGACAGUGGGCGCUGUGCAUUAUGGAUGACGUGCUGGAGUUCUGUGGCGGUGACUCGUGGGCCUACAAGGACCACAUUAUGCAGCCACUGGCCGCAGGAUUACAGGAUGAGAAUGCAGCCAACCGACAAGCGGCAGCAUACGGUGUGGGCGUUGCUGCACAGAAGGGAGGACCAGCAUGGAGUGACUUUGUGGCCGCCAGCAUCCCCAGCCUUUUGCGUGUUACGCAGUACCCCCAAUCCCGGACAGAGGAGCAUGUGUUUGCAACUGAGAACGCAUCGGCCAGUGUCGCCAAGAUCUUGCACUACAACUCGAGCAAGGUGUCAAACGCACAGGAAGUGGUGGCGAGCUGGAUCACUUCCCUGCCCAUCACUUAUGAUGAAGAGGCAGCUCCAUAUGCCUACUCCUUCCUGGCACAGCUGAUUGACCAGCAAAACCCGGUGGUGAUGACCAACGCCGACAAGGUAUUCGGGCACAUUGUGCAGGCCCUCGAGGCGGAAACCCUGCAGGGCCAGACAGCCGUCCGGGUUGCCAGCUCGGCGAAGCAACUCGUGGCCGCAACUGGGUUGAACGCAGACCACAUCCUGUCAGGUGUCAACCCAGACAACCAGGCAGUGGUGCGAAGCUACUUCCAGUGA